AUGUGGAGGAUAUUUGCAUUUGAGAUACAUUACCGAGAUUCACCCGUCAUUAGAUUGAGCUUCCAUCUCCCCGACAAUCAACCGUUGGUAUUCAAUGAGAACCAAUCAUUAAAGAGUGUCUUAGAAAGGCCAACCGCGAGGCAAACCAUGUUCUUGGCGUGGUUCGAGGCGAACAAGACCUACCCACCAGCUAGGGAGUUACGGUACACAGAGUUUCCCCAACAUUAUGUGUACAAGGAUGAUUCUCGGGUAUGGGUGCCAAGAAAGAAGAGGUUUGCCAUUGGAAGAGUCACCAAUGUGCCCCCGACAAAGGGAGAAGACUUUUAUCUUAGAUUGUUGCUCAACGUCCAAAGAGGGUGCAAAAGUUACGAAGACAUCAGAACGGUGGGUGGCAUUGUUUAUGCGACGUUUAGGGAUGCGUGCUAUAUGUUGGGGCUGUUGGAAGAUGACAAGGAGUACAUUGGUGCAAUUAGAGAGGCAUACGGUUGGGCAAACGGACACUUCCUCAUAUUGUUGUUCGCUGUUAUGUUGCUUUCUAAUAGUUUGAGCAGACCGGAACAUGUUUGGGAGAAAUGUUGGUCCAAUUUGUCUGAUGAUAUUACAUACAAGCACCAGAAACGUCAUAAUAAUCCAGAUUUGACUCUAUCGGAUGAUAGUUUGAAGAACUACGCGUUGAUAGAAAUCGAGAAGAUCCUACAGAGCAACGGCAAGAGCUUGCGGAAUUUUGACUCUAUGCCGAUGCCACUAGAUUCGUCGAUGGAUGACACGGAGAACCAAUUAGUGCUCGAUGAGUUGGACUACGACGUAUUUACGAUGGCUGAAGAACUGGAACGAUAUCUUUCUUCUAUCACAGAUGAGCAGAGAAGGGUCUACGAUGCCAUCAUGGAUGCUGUGUCGAAGAAUUGUGGCGGGAUGUACUUCCUCUACGGUCACGGAGGUACCGGAAAGACAUUUAUAUGGAGAACGUUGUCCGCUGCUGUCCGUUCGAAAGGGGAAAUAGUUCUUAAUGUUGCUUCGAGUGGCAUAGCAUCGUUGCUGCUUCCCGGUGGCCGCACCGCUCAUUCUAGAUUUGGACCCCCCAUCAUUGUGCACGAUGGUUCCACCUGCAGCAUUACAUAG